GGUUAUAGCUUGUACUCCAGUGAGGCAAAAAUGUCAAAACCAGUACAAGCUCGGAGACUGGAGGGAAUAGAUAAGAAUAUCUGGGUGGAGUUUGUAAAACUGGCUGCCACCUACUCCACAGUGAACCUGGGCCAGGGAUUCCCUGACUUCCCCCCACCGGCCUUUCUGCGGGAGGCAUUCAGGAGAGCCCUCAGCGAGGAGAACCACAUGCUGCACCAGUACACCCGGGGCUUCGGCCACCCACCUCUGGUGAAGAUCCUAGCCCAGUUUUUUGGGAAGCUGCUUGGACAAGACCUGGAUCCUAUGACCAACGUGAUGGUGACUGUGGGGGCAUACCAGGCCCUUUUCUGCUGCUUCCAGGCUUUUGUUGAUGAAGGCGAUGAGGUGAUAAUCAUUGAGCCCUUCUUUGACUGUUAUGAGACGAUGGUGAAAAUGGCUGGUGGGACGCCCGUGUUUGUCCCACUGAGACCGAAAGCUCCAAAAGAUGGAAAAUUGAUGUCUAGUGCAGACUGGAAGCUUGACCCGGCUGAACUGGCUUCUAAGUUCACCACACAGACAAAAGCCAUCGUCCUGAACUCACCCAACAACCCUCUGGGCAAGGUAUUCAGUCGAGGGGAGCUGGAGCUCAUUGCAGACCUGUGUGUGAAGCACAACGUCCUGUGCAUCAGCGACGAAGUGUACGAGUGGCUGGUCUACGACGGGAAGGAGCACAUCCGCAUCGCCAGCUUGCGAGGGAUGUGGGACUGCACAGUGACCAUUGGGAGUGCUGGGAAAACCUUCAGUGCCACUGGAUGGAAGGUGGGCUGGACCGUGGGACCUGACCGGCUGCUGCAGCACCUCCGUACCGUGCACCAAAACACAGCGUACCACUGUGCCACAGUUGCCCAGGAGGUUGUGGCUCAGGGUUUCCAGAGAGAGCUUGAGCUCUACGGGAAACCAGACAGCUACUUCGUCCAACUGCCCAAGGAGCUGCAGCAGAAGAGAGACUGGCUGGUCCAGAGCCUGGAUGCUGUGGGGAUGAAACCUAUCGUCCCCGAGGGCACCUACUUCUUGGUAGCAGACAUCUCCAAGUUCAAAUCCGACGUCCCCGACGUCCCCGACUCCAAUGAGCCCUACGACUCCAGAUUUGCAAAAUGGAUGGUCAAGAACAAGGGACUUGCCGCCAUCCCGCUCUCCGCUUUCUACUGUGGGGCCCACAAGAACGACUACAACCAUUUCAUCCGGUUCUGCUUCGCAAAGGAGGAAGCCACGCUGAAGGCAGCAAAUGAUAUAUUACAAAAAUGGAAACAGGAGAAAACCAGUCCCUGA